AUGUUUCGUAGACAAUCUUUUAUAUAUUUUAGACAUCUGACAAAAAGGUUUUACGACAAAAUUCAGUAUAACCCGACAUUACAAAUUAAACCUCUAAUAAUCAGUCGAAUCUCAACAAGACCUGAAAGGGGAAUACAUUUAACGUCAAUAAAUGCUGCAGCAUUAGACUUUUUGAAUAUUAAUGAAGACAUUCCUGAAAAUCAAGACGAUCACUUUAAAAAACCAAACGAAGGUGAUAAAUGUCCAGGCUGUGGUGCAAUUUUCCAAACGCAAGAUGAAGCAAAGGCUGGAUAUCUAGUGACAAACAUGUCUCGGUUGAUAGAAGAAGAUGAUAAGAUCACGAACAGUUCAUUUGAAAACUAUAAGCGAAAAAAAGCAGCAGAACAAGAAACAUUUGAUAAAGUUUUCGCCGCGAUGGAUGAAGAAAAUAAAAGAUUGCUCUAUCCACUUGGAAUUCCGGAUGCUGCUGAUCCAGAAAAUCAGAUAAUCGGAAAAAUAAAGCAACAGAGAAAUCCACGCGUCUUUUGCAAAAGAUGUUACAAUUUGAUGCACAAGAAUCGUCUUCCAUCUCCAAACUGGCAAGAUGCGCUUGUAGGUUCUGACACAUCUUUUCUGAAAUUUUUGGCUAAGAAGCCGAAUUCAAUUGUGCUUACUGUUGUAGAUAUUUUUGAUUUUCCUGGUAGUCUUUUAGCUCAUUUAGAACAGUUAAUUGGCACAAGAACUCGAAAUAUUAUAGUUGCCAAUAAGGUUGAUAUACUCCCUAAAGAUAUUCACUACGAUCGUAUUAAAAAUUGGCUCGCUUUUGAAUUGAACGGUUUGGGUUUUACUAAUGUGAUGGAUAUUCAUUUAACUAGCGCAGUGAAAAAUAUUGGUGUCCGGGAAUUGGUAAAUGCCAUUGCCGACAUGCGUAGUGCGAGUGAUGAUGUUUAUUUGGUUGGCUGUACUAAUGUAGGAAAGUCCGAAUUAAUGAACAGCUUUUUAAGAACGAGUGCCGUGGGUGGAUGGCAACAUAAAGUUACUGCUUCUUUAGUACCGGGUACUACAAUGGGAAUGCUCGGCUUGCCACUAUCAAUUUUCAAUGGCGCAUUUGGUAAGACAUUGGGAGUCAAAAAUUACUUUCAAGUGUCGAAACAUAUUUACGAUACUCCUGGAAUAGUCAACGAGUCUCAAUUAUUGCAUUUACUCACGCAUGAGGAACUCAAACUAGUUAUUCCUCGUACAAAGAUAAAGCCUCUAUCGUAUCGAAUUGAACCUGGAAAAUCGAUCUUUUUUGGUGGUCUGGGAAGGAUAGAUUACGUAUAUGGCAAUGUACCGAUUCUAUUUACCAUCUUUAGCAAAAUCCCAGUACAUAUCACAAACAUUGCACGAGCAAACGAAUUCUGCGACAAUAUAGCCAAUGGAAUCCAACAAUCUGUAAUCGUGCCGCCAGUGGGCCCACCAGAACGGAUUCUAUCAUUUCCACCGAUGAAAACAGUCAGAAAACGGAUAUUAGUGGAUGGUCGUCAUGGAGGUAUUAGUGUAAAAGAUAUCGUAUUUUCCGGUGUUGGAUGGGCUUCGAUUUCGGGAACUUUUGAGAAUGCUGAAUUAAGUGUGCACUCUGCUGGUGGAAAAGGUGUUUUCCUUCGACAUCAUCCAUUAUUGCCGUAUGAAUAUCGAGGACGAGUCGAGAAAUUGCUGGUUAAUAAAGUUCUUGUAAAAACAAAUCGUAAUAAUAAUUAUGGACAGGUUCAUAAUGUUAGAGAUGUAAGGGACUCUAGACGUUGGUGA